AUGGCCAUGAAGCCCAGCACAAUGCCUGUCGCAGAAAGAAUGAAUAGCAUUCUUUGUGGCGUCGAAGAAUUGAAGAAGAGGGCUUUGAAAGGGACGGAGUUCGAGGACGAGAAGGCUCAAGAAGACCCCAACACAGCAAAGGAGGCAGAUGCAGUCCCGAAAAGCAAACCCGCUCCAGUCAAGCAUGAAGCUGCAACCCCGAAAGCGCGUGCAUCUGUGUGCAAGACGGAACACCGGAGCCCUGGUGUUCCCAGUGCUGGAGUUGCUGAUGUUCAGGGGGGUGCGGCUUCAGAGGCUGAUGUGCCAGCUACUAUGACAACUAGCCCCGUGGCCACGUCGCGGCAAAGCACCCCCAAGAGCAGCCGUCGAAAGCGCAGAUCAAGCAGGACUCCCAAAGACAAGACACCAGAAGCGAAGCCAACCAUGACUCAGAACGAGACACCUGAAGAGAAGCCACGCAGCAGGACUCCUGAGCACAAGACAGCAGAGAAGCCAAGCAGGACUCCCAAAGACAAGACACCCGAAGAGAAGCCGAGCAGGACUCCCAAAGCAGACAAGACACCAGAACAGAAGCCAAGCAGGACUCCCAAAGAGAAGACACCAGAAGAGAAGCCAAGCAGGACUCCCCAAAAAGACGCACCAGAAGAGGAGCCACGCAGCAGGACUCCCAAAGACAAGGCACCAGCAGCAGGGACUCCCAAAGCGAAGGCACCAGAAGAGACAAACAGCAGGACUCCCAAAGACAAGGCACCAGUGAAGCCCGGGACUCCCAAGUCGAGAACCCCUUGCAGUGGCAAGCGUCGCCGAAGCACAUCCCCAGCUGCUGCUCAAGAGGCGACUUCGCUGGGCGCAUGGUCAGUGAACAGCAGUGGCACCUGGGUUUCCGAUGGCAGCUGCGACCGAUCCAGUGAAGGGUGGGGCUGGGAUGAUAAGUCAUCUUGGGGCAGCUCCUGGGAUUAUACGUCAUCUUGGUCCAACGACCACUGGGGCAACAGCUGGGGCUGGGGCUCUCGGGGUUCCAACUGGUCUUGGAAAGAUUGGGGAACUGAAGCAAAUGAUCCUUCGAGUUCUGAUCAUGAGUCCGCCCGAGUUCAAAGUCUCCUGAUGCGUGGCCAUACUAUUGAUCAGCUCUCCCUGGACGAAUUGAAGUUCAUUGUGACUCAUGUUGAUUCCCAGCAGCAGAAGAAGGCCGCCGAAGAAGCUGCAGGCAAGCCUCAGGAUGAAAGCAAGCAGGAUGAACGCAAGCAGGAUGAACCCAAGCAGGAGGAAAGCAAGCAGGAGGAUGCAGAUAAUGAUGAGAAGGCAUCCGAUGAAAAGGUUGCAGAGACGAAAGAGCAGCGCAGGAAACGCUUGCAUGCGAGAAACAUGCGUUUCUACAGGUCGUUCGAGUCUCCGAACUGCCCCAAAGAAAUCAAGAAGCUCGCGAGCAAAGCAAGCGGAGACAGCAGCAAACGCAGCUUCCUUUUCGAGAAUUGGUUAACGUCUUCAGAGAGUUGGAUGAAAUCUUCGCUUCUGCAAAGACUCAAAAGCAAGAACAGCAACGCCAAGCGUGGACUUCGCCGAUGGUUGACCAAACAAGAGAUGGUAGCGAAAUGGGGAGAGGAGAUCGCGCAAGCGAUGAUCGAGACUAAAGAAAACGACGAUGAAAAGGCUAUGACCGAGAUCAGGGCUCACCCGGAGUUGCCGCUUCGGGAGGACUACUGCAUCGUAUCAUCUUGCAUUUCACUAUAUAAUAUAUAA